ACUACAGGGAGCCGGCAUGCGGUAGCUUCUGGUUGGGACCACGGAAAGAUGCCGGUUCGUCGGGGCCACGUCGCGCCCCAAAACACUUACCUGGACACCAUCAUCCGCAAGUUCGAAGGCCAGAGUCGUAAGUUUCUGAUCGCCAAUGCUCAGAUGGAGAACUGCGCCAUCAUUUAUUGCAACGACGGCUUCUGCGAACUCUUCGGCUAUUCCCGAGUGGAAGUGAUGCAGCGACCAUGCACCUGCGACUUCCUCACAGGGCCCAACACCCCGAGAAGCGCGGUGUCCCGCCUGGCGCAGGCCCUGCUGGGGGCUGAGGAGUGCAAGGUUGACAUUCUGUACUACCGAAAAGAUGCCUCCAGCUUCAGGUGCUUAGUGGAUGUGGUGCCUGUGAAGAACGAGGAUGGGGCUGUCAUCAUGUUCAUCCUCAACUUCGAAGACCUGGCCCAGCUGCUGGCCAAGAGCAGCAGUCGCAGCCUGACCCAGCGCCUGCUGUCCCGCAGCUUUAUGGGCUCUGAGGGCUCUCAUGGCAGGCCAGGUGGACAGGGGCCUGGCCCGGGCAGGGGCAAGUACAGGACUGUCAGCCAGAUCCCGCAGUUCACACUCAACUUCGUGGAGUUCAACCUGGAGAAGCACCGCUCUGGCUCCACCACAGAAAUUGAGAUCAUUGCCCCGCACAAGGUGGUGGAGCGCACACAGAACGUCACUGAGAAGGUCACCCAGGUCCUGUCCCUGGGUGCAGAUGUGCUGCCCGAGUACAAGCUGCAGGCACCACGCAUCCACCGCGGCACCAUCCUGCACUACAGCCCCUUCAAGGCUGUGUGGGACUGGCUCAUCCUGCUGCUGGUCAUCUACACGGCCAUCUUCACGCCCUACUCGGCUGCCUUCCUGCUCAGUGACCAGGAUGAGUCACAGCGGGGGGCCUGUGGUUACACCUGCAGUCCACUCACCAUGGUGGACCUCAUUGUGGAUAUCAUGUUUGUUGUGGACAUUGUCAUCAAUUUCCGUACUACCUACGUCAACUCCAACGACGAGGUAGUCAGCCACCCCCGUCGCAUCGCCGUCCACUACUUCAAGGGCUGGUUCCUCAUUGACAUGGUGGCCGCCAUCCCCUUUGAUCUGCUCAUCUUCCGGACUGGGUCUGAUGAGACCACCACCCUGAUCGGGCUGCUGAAGACCGCGCGGCUGCUGCGGCUGGUGCGCGUGGCGCGGAAGCUGGACCGCUACUCCGAGUACGGGGCGGCCGUGCUCUUCCUGCUCAUGUGCACCUUCGCGCUCAUCGCGCACUGGCUGGCCUGCAUCUGGUACGCCAUCGGCAACGUGGAGCGGCCCUACCUGGAGCCCAAGAUCGGCUGGCUGGACAGCCUGGGCGCACAGCUUGGCAAGCACUACAACGGCAGCGACCCGGCCUCGGGCCCCUCAGUGCAGGACAAGUACGUCACGGCCCUGUACUUCACCUUCAGCAGCCUCACGAGCGUGGGCUUCGGCAACGUCUCCCCCAACACCAACUCUGAGAAGGUGUUCUCCAUCUGCGUCAUGCUCAUCGGCUCUCUCAUGUAUGCCAGCAUCUUUGGCAACGUGUCUGCCAUCAUCCAGCGCCUGUACUCGGGCACCGCACGCUACCACACGCAGAUGCUGCGCGUCAAGGAGUUCAUCCGCUUCCACCAGAUCCCCAACCCGCUGCGCCAGCGGCUGGAGGAGUACUUCCAGCACGCCUGGUCCUACACCAACGGCAUCGACAUGAACGCGGUGCUGAAGGGCUUCCCGGAGUGCUUGCAGGCCGACAUCUGCCUGCACCUGCACCGUGCGCUGCUGCAGCACUGCCCGGCCUUCCGCGGGGCCAGCAAGGGCUGCCUGCGCGCGCUCGCUGUGAAGUUCAAGACCGCGCACGCGCCGCCCGGGGACACGCUGGUGCACCUGGGUGACGUGCUGUCCACGCUGUACUUUAUCUCGCGCGGCUCCAUCGAGAUCCUGCGCGACGACGUGGUCGUGGCUAUCCUCGGGAAGAAUGACAUCUUCGGGGAGCCUGUUAGCCUCCAUGCACGACCAGGCAAGUCCAGUGCAGAUGUACGGGCCCUGACCUACUGUGACCUGCAUAAGAUCCAGCGGGCAGACCUGCUGGAGGUGUUGGACAUGUACCCUGCCUUUGCGGACAGCUUCUGGAGUAAGCUGGAGGUCACCUUCAACCUGCGGGACGCAGAUGGAGGUCUCCAGUCAUCACCCCAGCAGGCCUCCAGUAAAGGCCACCAAGGCUUCUUCCUCAGCGACAACCAGUCAGGUGCAGUGACAUCCCUGAGCAUCUCAGAAGCCUCUGGCCUUUGGCCUGAGCUGCUCCAGCAAAUGCCUCCGAGGCACAGGCCGCCAAGCCUGCAGCAGGGGCCAGACUGUUGGCCUCAGGAACUGGGCUCCAGGCUCCAGCAGCUCCAGGCCCAGAUGGACAGGCUGGAGUCCCGCAUGUCCUCAGAUCUCAGCCACAUCCUGCAGCUGCUUCAACAGUCGGUGCCCCAGAGCCACACCAGCUAUGCCCUGGGAGGCCCUGCCUCCAGGGACCUGGCCUUGUUUCCUGCAGCCUCAGCUACUCAGAGUCCAGGGUGCAGGCUGCUCCCAGGCCAUCUGCCCACUGCACAGAACCCGCCUUAUGGUGACUUGGACGGAUGCACACCGAAGCACAGGAGUCCCUCUUCCAGGGUGCCUCACCUGGCUGCAGCAAUAGACAAAGCCUUGAAGACAUCCUUGGAACAGGAGCAGCCUGAGGGGCUCCUAUCACCCCUGCCCUCACCUCUGUGUCCCCUGGAGGUACAGGGACUUGCCUCUGGUCCUCGCUUUUCCUCUCUCCCUGAACACCUUGGCUCUGUUCCCAAGCAAGUGGAGUUCCAGAGAUAUGGCUCAGAUCCUGGCUUUACAAGGAGUUAG